AUGCUAGCUAAAGAAUUGGAAGAUGCUGCGGAUAAGGUAGAAAACAAUUUUACCUUUGACGAAAUGAUACAACAGAUAAAUUCCGAUCAAGCAAGAGUUUUCGAAAAAAUAAAGAAUGGAGUUCAAUUGAACGAUACAAAAGUGAAAUUAUAUGUAAGUGGAGAAGGUGGGACUGGAAAAAGUUUUCUUAUUAAAGUAAUUAAACGUUGGAUUAAAGGAAAAAUUAAUCAAGAAACAAUUGUGACAGCUCCAACAGGUAUUGCAGCUUUUAAUAUUAAUGGUCUUACAGUACAUCGAGUAUUUCAAUUGCCUGUUGAACAUGGUUUUACACUACGUUAUACACAGCUAUCGGAUGGCGCUCUAAAAAUGUUGAGAGAUCAACUAAAAGAUGUUGUUUUAAUUAUAAUUGACGAAAUAUCAAUGAUAUCUAAUAUCACUUUAUUAUAUAUACAUCUGAGAUUAGUUGAAAUAUUCAAUGUUGAUGAGUGGUUUGGUGGAAAACACAUUGUUGUCUUUGGUGACUUACUUCAACUUCCUCCUGUGCAUGAGGACCCAACGUACAAGACGUUAUCAUCUUCCGAUGUAGAAAAGUUUUUUGGGUCCCUGAGUUGUAGUAAUGUAUGGACCAACUUAUUCUGCUAUGAUGAGUUAAGGAUUAAUAUGCGUCAAAAAGCAGAUAAAGCUUAUGCUGAAUUAUUAUCUCGAGUACGUAUCGGUGCAAUAACUGCUGAUGAUAUAAAAUUAUUAGAACAAAGAAAAAUUAGUUUUGAUUCUUCAUUAUCAUAUCACAAUAGAUUGAAUGAAAUAUGUAAGUACAUUAAUAAGUUACCAUUAGAUACAGUUUGCUUAUUACCUACAUGUAAACAAUGCGACUUGAUAAAUUCAGUAAUGUUGGAGAAAAUUUCUUCUAAAGUUACCAUACUCAAUACUCACGAUCAUAUAGAUUGUUCUAAGUUUUUAGAGAAAAAAGCAUUUGACAGUUUAAGUAGAAUGGAAGAUGCAAGCCGAAGUGCUGGGCUUGCAAAAGUAAUUAAAAUUAAAAUAGGUGCAAAAGUUAUGCUAAGACGUAAUAUUGAUGUUACGCUUGGUCUUGUCAAUGGGGCAAUUGGCAUUGUAAAAUCUGUUUCAAAAUCAGUUGAGUGCAAUACUAUACAAUCUAUGAAUAUUGAUCUAGGAACAGGUAAAGAAUAUAAUAUUGAAAAAAUCAAAGUCAAAUUUCAAAUUUUGGACAAAGCUUUUGUUAUAAGAGACCAGUUUCCAUUAUGUCUUAGUUCUGCUGUCACUAUCUAUAAAAGUCAAGGUUUGAGUUUAAACAAUGCCAUUAUUAAUGCAGGAAAUACAAUUUUCAAUGUUGGUCAAUCCUACGUUGCUUUUUCGCGGGUAACAAAAUUGGAAGGAUUGCAUUUGAUUAAUUUUGAUCCACACUCUAUUAAAGCAAAUUCAGCAUUGAUUGAAGAAUAUAAUCGCUCAAGAAAGUUUUAUAGAUCUGACCUUCCAGCAAUCCCAAUUUCAGGAAAACGUUGGUCUAAAGUAUGGGACUUAAUUUGGGGAAUUGAGGAUUAUUCCAUUCUAAAUGAACGAGAAGCUAUUGAAAAAAUUUCAUGUGUAGAUUUAUUAUCCAUUAAUGGCAUUGAAAACUCUGAUGGUAUUUCUAGUGGUAUAAAUUCUAUAAUGCAAUGUAUUCUCCACAAUAAGAAAAUAAGAUCAUCAAUGCAAAGUGUAAGAUAA